AUGUCUGCCACUGUUCUCUUCACUUCAGAGUCCGUCACUGAGGGACACCCAGAUAAGAUCUGUGACCAGGUCUCUGACGCUGUUCUCGAUGCCUGUCUGUCUCAAGACCCAGCCUCAAAGGUUGCCUGUGAGACCUGUGCCAAGACUGGUAUGAUCAUGGUCUUUGGUGAGAUCACCACCAAAGCUACCGUCGACUACCAAAAGGUUGUCCGUGACACCAUCAAGAAGAUUGGUUUCGAUGACUCCUCCAAGGGAUUCGACUACAAGACUUGCAACGUGUUGGUCGCCAUCGAGCAGCAGUCGCCAGACAUUGCCCAGGGUGUUCACAUCAACAAGAACCCAGAGGACAUUGGUGCCGGUGACCAGGGCCACAUGUUUGGUUACGCCACCAACGAGACCCCAGAGUUCAUGCCACUGACCCAUUACUUGGCCAGCGAGCUCGUCACCAAGCUCACUGUUCUGCGCAAGGACGGCACCCUGCCAUGGGCCCGCCCAGACGCCAAGACCCAGGUCACCGUCGAGUACCUGAAGGAGGGCGGUCGCAUGAUCCCCCAACGUGUCCACACCGUCGUCAUCUCCACCCAGCACGACGAGAACGUCACCAACGAGCAGAUCCGUGCCGACCUCAAGGAGAAGGUCAUCCAGGCCGUCAUCCCCGCCAAGUACUUGGACGACCGCACCAUCUACCAUCUUAACCCAUCCGGACGUUUCGUCAUCGGAGGUCCAAUGGGAGAUGCCGGUCUCACCGGUCGUAAGAUCAUCAUCGACUCGUACGGUGGUUGGGGUGCCCACGGAGGUGGUGCCUUCUCUGGCAAGGACCCAUCCAAGGUCGAUCGUUCCGGUGCCUACGCCGCCCGUUGGAUCGCCAAGUCGCUCGUCAACGCCAACCUGGCCGACCGUGUCCUGGUCCAAGUGUCCUACGCCAUCGGUGUUGCCCAGCCCCUGUCCGUCCACGUCGACACCUACGGCACUGGCAAGAAGUCCGAUGCCGAGCUUCUCCAGAUCGUCCUCAACAACUUUGACUUGAGACCCGGUGUCCUCACCCGUGAGCUCCAGCUGCUGAGACCCAUCUAUCACAAGACUGCCUCUGGCGGUCACUUUGGAAGAAACGACCCAGACUUCACCUGGGAGACACCAAAGACCCUCAAGUUUUAA